CAGAAGAAUAUUUCCGAAAACAGAAACAGAACCCUCGUCCUCGGCGACCGCCAGCCAUGGCGGACGCUCCCGCCGAUGGCAGCGGCGGUAGCGGGGGGAGUGGCGGCGGUAGCGGGGGAAGUGGCGGCCGGAAGCGCCCUUAUUCGCCGUCUUCGUCGUCUCGUUCCACCACGCCGCCUUCGUCGUCUCCUUCCACCACGCCGCCUUCUCGUCUCCUUCCACCACGCCGCCUUCUUCGCCCUCGCUCUCCAUUCGCCCCCCCAAGCGCCACAAGGUGAGCUCGGUCCUUGGUGGCUCCUUCCCCGCGCGAGAACUCCGUUUCGGUUUGGACGUCUCGGGGUGACACCUGGCGUCGCAGGCGGAGGCGACGCCAAAGGGGGAUGCGGAGACGGGGAAACCCAGGGAGACGCCCGUGGCCGCGGAGGCGGGGAAGAGCUCGAGGUCUCCUGGGGCGGCGCGCAAUAUGUCCGCGGGCAUGAAGCGGGUGCCGUGGGCGCGUCUGAAGUUGCACAAAGAACAGGUUCUUGCAUCCCGGCUCCUCUUCGACAAUGUAGUCUAUGUCGGCUCUGGUGAUCAAUGCCAAUUUUUUAUCAGAGAUGCCAGCCGUGUACUAUGCAGGCUUAGGCGUCUUUGUGAGCAACCCGAUCGAUGUGAGUUAAAUGUCAUGGGAAAAAAAGGACUGGUUCAACUAAAUGGUUCAAAACUUCAGAAAGGCCAUGCAUGUCACCUUGUAAGGGGGGAUAAGAUUGUCUUUUGCAAGCUUGCCUAUAUUUUCCACCCAGAAGCACCAUUCUCAGAAUCAGCCAUUUCAGCUUUUAAGGAUGGACUGAAACAAGGAAUUAUUGGUCCGGAUGAUAUUCAAUGUACACUUGACAAUUUCCCAUACUAUCUCAAUGAGAAUACAAAGACCAUACUCUCAUCAUUUGCAUCCGUACACUUUGAAAAAUUCAUACACAUGGAUAAGGAGCUCACGAAAAAAUUAUCAGGAAUUUCCUCAUUAAACCCACGAGUUCUAUUAUCUGGUCCAUCUGGAUCUGAAAUUUACCUGGAAACACUAAUAAAGGCACUUGCAAAGCAUUUUGGUGCUAGACUUCUCAUUGUUGAUUCUCUUCAGCUUCCUGACUCUUCUGGUUAUCGUCAAGUUGAGACACUUGGUGUAGUUGAGUUAAUGGAGGUUAUUUCAGAACAGGGUGUUAGCAGCACUUUGAUUGUGUUACUGAAGGACCUGGAGAAGACACUGACUGGAAGAAAAGAAUCACAUGCACCACUAGGGAAUGAACUCCCACAUGGUGUUCUGAUAAUUGGAACUCAAACUGAGAAAGACACAAAUGAUAUGGGCUCGUCUCGAAUGAAGCGUCCAAAUAAUAUUUUCCCUAACAAAAUUUCCAUUCAACUUCCAGAGGACGACGGAGAGCUAUCAGAGUUGAAUAAACUGCUAAGAACUGAGGCUGAAAACCUUAGAGGGCAAGCGAACGCCGUUAAUCUUCGUAAGUUUCUGACCGACCGUGGAAUGGAAUGCGACAAUAUUGAAGAAUUACCCAUCAAGGAUCAAUUACUAACUCAUGAUGAGAUGGAUAAGGUUGUUGGUACUGCUGUUUGUUAUCACUUUUCGCAUAAUGAACCCAAUAUUCCUGGGGAUGCCAAUCUCAUACUAUCAACAGAAAGUCUCAGUUAUGGGCUUAGAGGUAUAAAGAGCAUGGAAAGUAGUUCUUCAAAGAAAGAACUAAAGGAUUUGGUAGAAAAUGAAUACGAGAGAGAGAUCCUGUCAGAUAUAAUUGAACCCGAUAAUAUUCAAGUAUCCUUUGACGAUAUUGGAGCCCUAGAGGAUGUAAAAAAGACGUUAAAGGAUUUGAUCAUUCUCCCUCUAAGAAGACCUGGAUUAUUCAGCAGAGAGCAGCUACUAAAGACCGCUAAGGGAUUAUUGUUCUUUGGACCUCCUGGCACUGGCAAGACAAUGCUUGCAAAAGCAGUAGCGACAGAAUCAGGUGCAAAAUUUAUCAACAUAGAAAUGUCAAGAAUUAUGUCAAAGUGGCUUGGGGAUGGAGAGAAGUAUGUGAAGGCCAUUUUCUCUUUGGCAAGUAAAGCAUCUCCGUGUGUAAUAUUCAUUGAUGAGGUUGAAAGUAUGCUUGGAACCAGAGAAAGUCGGGUAGAGCAUGAAAUUAAGCGCAGGAUGAAAAAUGAAUUUAUGGUACAUUGGGAUGGAUUGCGUACCAAGGAUAAAGAACGUGUAUUGGUUCUCGGAGCCACAAAUAGGCCCUUUGAUCUUGAUGAGGCAGUCAUUCGAAGGUUCUCUCACAGAUUAAUGGUGAACCUUCCUGAUGCGUCAAGUAGAGAGAGGAUUUUGGAACAGAUACUGUUCAAAGAAGAGCUGGCACCAGACGUGGAUCUAAAGCUACUCGCCAAUACGACUGAUGGAUUUUCAGGAAGCGACUUGAAAGAUCUUUGUAUGACUGCAGCACUCCGGCGCAUUCCUGAACUCUUGGAAAGAGAAAAAGAGGAAGCGUGUUUAGCGAAAGAUGAAGGUAGGCCUGAGCCUGCAUUGCUAGGAAAUGAUGCCAUCCCCCCUCUUAGCAUGAAGCAUUUGACAUCUGCCCGUGAUCAGGGAGGUGCUAGCUUCUCAUCUGAGUCAAACACAAUGAGUGCCCUUAUUCAGUGGAACAAUCUGUAUGGUGAUGGCGGCUCAAAAAGGAAGAAAAAUCUCAGCUACUUUAUGUAGGUACUAUUUGCACGGUUGCUAACUGCCCUGGAGCUUUGCCAUUGCACAACUUGACAUGCAAGUACCAGUCGGGUUUUUGUCUGCUCCCUCAGGUGCCCCCGUGUAACUAGCUUUUGCUGACCUAGUCAUUUUGGUUGAUCUGAGUAGAGGUUGACAUCAUAUGGUUUUGAUGUUCUUGUGCCGACCUACAGGCCUUGUGAAAGAAAGAAAGAAAAAUGAUAUAGGGAUGUUGCCUUGCUACCUCAAGUUGUAUGUAGUUUGCUGUGGCCAGGUGAAAUUUUGAUCUGUACAGUACAAGCUUUAUGUAACUUCCGAUUUUGAGAUGUCAAUAAAUUCUGUUAAGAUUUGAAAGAAACGCAUCCCUCUUA